GCAGCCUAGCUAUAUAUAGAUAUGCACUCACUCCAUUUUGUGCCUGCAACAAAACAAAUCCCAACUGGCUUACCUACAAUGGAGUUUUCAAGAAGUCCCAGAAGAACUCAAGUCAUUGAGAUGGUUUCAGCAUUUGUUCUGCUGAUUUUACUGAGCAUUAGCAGUGUUGAUGGCCAGAAAGCUUGUGUUCCAGAAAACUUCGAGUACAUGGCUAUAAGUUGCAGAGCUCACAGCGCGUUGCUGACGGAUUUUGGAGGAGUAGGUGAUGGAAUAACAUCGAACACAGAGGCGUUUAAGGCAGCAAUAAAUCAUCUUAGCCAGUUUGAAUCAGAUGGUGGCUCGCAGCUCAUUGUCCCAGCCGGAAGAUGGUUGACAGGGAGCUUCAAUGUCACCAGCCAUUUCACACUUUUUCUCCAUAAAGAUGCUGUUCUUCUUGCUUCUCAGGAUGUGAAUGAGUGGACUGUGAUUGAACCCCUGCCAUCCUAUGGCCGUGGAAGGGAUACAGCCGGUGGACGGUAUAUCAGUCUUAUAUUUGGAACCAACCUCACUGACGUAGUAAUAACAGGGGGAAAUGGCACUAUUGAUGGUCAGGGAGAUCUCUGGUGGGGAAAGUUCCACAAGGGAGAGCUAAAUUACACCCGUCCUUACCUGAUAGAAAUCAUGUACUCGGAAAAUAUCCAGAUAUCUAAUCUCACUUUGGUUAAUUCUCCGUCAUGGAAUGUGCAUCCUGUUUACAGCAGAAAUGUUGUUGUUCAAGGCAUUACAAUUCUAGCACCAGUCACAUCUCCAAACACUGAUGGGAUUAAUCCAGACUCUUGCUUGAAUACUCGGAUUGAGGACUGCUACAUUGUCUCUGGAGACGAUUGUGUAGCCGUUAAAAGUGGUUGGGAUGAAUAUGGUAUUGCUUUUGGGAUGCCAACCAAACAGCUUGUAAUUAGACGGCUCACGUGCAUUUCUCCAUUUAGCGCAGUGAUUGCUCUUGGCAGUGAAAUGUCUGGUGGGAUCGAAGAUGUUAGGGCCGAGGACAUUGUAGCCAUCAAUACAGAAUCAGGAGUUAGGAUCAAAACAGCAGUAGGAAGGGGAGGGUAUGUGAAGGACAUUUACUUGAGAGGGAUGACCAUGGAAACCAUGAAAUGGGCUUUUUGGAUGACAGGAAAUUAUGGCUCCCAUGCUGAUAACAACUAUGAUCCAAACGCAAUUCCAGUGAUCCAGAAUAUCAAUUACCGCGACGUGGUUGCUAAGAAUGUGACAAUGGCAGCUAGGUUGGAGGGAAUUUCCGGGGAUCCAUUCACCGGGAUUUGCCUAUCUAAUGUCACAAUUGAAUUGGCAAAGAUGUCGAAAAAAGCUCCGUGGACUUGCACUGAUAUUGCAGGGAUUUCGAGUGGUGUGAUUCCUCAGCCAUGUGACCUGUUGCCAGACCAAGGACCAGAGAAGAUUGCAGCAUGUAAUUUUCCAACAGACAGCCUGCCAAUUGAUCAGCUUGAAGUUCAGACGUGUUCUUCUGGAAAAUACUUAUGAGGCAGAAACUAUAUGUACUCAUCAACAUCACUUUUAAUUGUUUCCUUGAGAAGCAAUAUUUGAAUUUAUAUGAAUAGCCUUUUUAAUGAAUGAUUAUCUUUCCUGGUUUAAGACAA